AUGAAGCGCAUCGCAACACACGCUGGCACUUGGUACUCCAAUUCACAACAACGUCUACAUCAACAGCUGGAUCGAUUCCUUGCUGCUGUUCCCGAGCAAACCACCCACGGCGAAACGUUUCCAGUCGCAGGGACUCGUGCCAUUAUUGCACCCCAUGCAGGAUACAGCUACAGUGGCCCUACCGCUGCUUACGCAUACAAAUGUGUGGACGUCACCAACAUCAAACGUGUAUUCAUCCUUGGACCAUCACAUCAUGUGUAUCUUGAAUCCUGUGCAUUAUCGCAGUGCGACAGCUAUGAGACUCCGCUAGGCGACCUGGUGCUUGACAAGGAAGUCAUACAAGAACUUGCCGGCACAGGCCAUUUUUCUCAAAUGUCCAAGAGUGUGGAUGAGGAUGAACAUAGUAUUGAAAUGCAUUUGCCAUACACAGCCAAGAUCUUUGAAGGCAAACUCGAUCAAAUCAAGAUUGUACCGAUCAUGGUUGGAUCCAUCAACGAAAGGAAGGAGCGAUUGUAUGGUGAAUUACUUGCCAAGUACCUGGUGGAUCCUCAAACAUUGUUUAUUGUAUCAUCUGAUUUUUGUCACUGGGGUCUUCGUUUCUCGUACACCGAAUAUCGACCUGAACCACGAGCACCACUCACCUCGUUACGAUCACUACGCAACGCAAGCACCGCAAGUGAUAUGCCUAUCUACAAGUCUAUCAGUGAUCUCGACCACGAGGGCAUGGAAAAGAUUGAAACACUCGAUCAUGCUGCGUUUUGUCAGUAUUUACGGGACACCAACAACACCAUUUGCGGUCGUCAUCCGAUUGGUGUUCUUAUGAGUGCCCUUGAAACGAUAGACAAGGAACGACGUAUUCGAUUUAUCAAGUAUGCCCAGAGCAAUGAAUGUCAAGAUGUCCGGGACAGCAGUGUCAGCUAUGCAAGUGCCUACACCUACAUUGCAUUGUAA